UGGGAUGAAGAAAGGAACUGGUCUGGUGGAGCCGGAGGAAGAGGUGUACGUCAACCUGGAGGAACUGGUCCAUACCGGACGCAGAAAAGACCACCAAAGACCCGAGACCGGAACCAAACCUGUGGGAACAGGUGCUGCGGUGGAGGGGGGGGCCACCCAGGCCCGGCCCGCUUUCAGAGACGCCACGGUCGGUCUGGGCCUGCUGUGCGUCCUGCUGUUUAUCUCAGUCGUCACUGUCGCUGCCUUGUACGACAGAGAUGUCAACCAGCUGUUCAGAGAUCUGACCAAUUCAACCGCAGAGAGGAACCAACUCCUGGCCAGGUACCAGAACCUGACUGAUGAUAGGAAUCAGCUGGAGUCCAGUUUCAAGGAGACAGAACUUCUGCUGAACAAAAUGAGGAAGAUCGUUGGAACCUGCUCUGACGGGUGGAGCAUGUUUGGCUGCAGCUGUUACCUGUUGUCAACGAGCAAGGGCACCUGGGAGGCGAGCAGGAGGCGGUGCUUAAACCAAGGAGCGGACCUGGUGGCCGCUGACAGCCGAGAGGAAAUGCUGUUUCUGAAUAGUCUUGGCGCUCAUUUGAAGUUUUGGAUUGGUUUGAAGCAAGCAGCUGGUGCACAAUCGUGGAAGUGGACUGACGGAAGAUCACCAGUCGCCACGUACUGGAAAACGAGUUGGUACAACCCCACCUACAGGUCUGAGAUCUGCGCAGCUUUUUCAAGCUUUCAGACCGCUUUCUUUUCUUCAUUCAAAUCGUGGAGUCGUGAGUCGUGCUCGUCUUACCUGCAGUGGGUUUGUGAGAAGAAAAGCAGCUUUUCCUGCACUCAGUAACUAAUUGUUUUAUCAUGUUUUGCUUUUACAAAACUUCGCAUGUAAACUGCCCUAACUGUGAUCCUGAUUUUAAUAAUCCAUAUUUAUCCUGAUGAAAAUAAAGAACCA